UGUGCAAGGGUUUUGAUGAAAUGAAACGCUUACCCUCUUGGAAAGAUUCCAAUUGCAUCAAAUAAACAGUUUACCGGGAUCACUAACCGGCGCGCUGCUUGACAGCGGUGCCUUUGUGCAUCCUGUGUUCUUUGUUUGGUGUGUAUUUUUGGAGUAAUAUAUUCGCAACGCCGAUUGUAUGUGAUUGUGUGUGUUGUCGCUAAUAUGGAGACAACGCAAGUCGAGAGUGAAAUAAAGCAGGAGAUGGAUGAUAGCGGCUGUAUCCAGGACGAUAUGUCACUAUACAAAAAUGGUUACCAAAGAGUCAAUUUAUUAGAUCUCUCUGAUGAUGUGCUACUCUAUAUCUUAAAGUUAUGCACCCCACGCGAUUUGAAGGCACUUGGAUUCACAUGCGCUCGUCUAGGCAGCCUAGUUCUCGAACGAUCUCUAUGGAAACACGUGGACGCUCGCUCGGAAAGGUUCAGCGCGGAACGGUUGCAGUGGUACUUGACGCACACGUUACAUGAUGAGACGCAAGAGCUGAUGAUCACCGGGCACGCGCAGGCGUGUGUUGGCUGCAUGGGUCUAGUCAAUACUUCACGUCACAUCGCCGACGAAGACUACAAGACGAUUGAACCUGACAUAGACCCGCCGAAUAAUGCUGCGGGGACUAGUGGCAACAAAAUAGCGGAAGACCACAUAUCUGUGAUGCGCGAAUUGCCUCGCCAGGUGAGGCGGUUUCACGCGAGGCACAUGAUCAACCCGCGCGUUGUUUGUUUGUCACGCAUACAAGGAUGUCCCGCGUGGGGCGACGACCGUGACGCGGGUCGCGCCGGGCCGCAAGCUUGUAUCGGGCCUCUGUUCACACUAACACCCGAUAUAUUGAAGCAGAUGGGCGCAGUCUGCCCAAACCUGACCACCCUGUAUUUGGAGCACUGCAAUGUUAAUUGCAAUUUUAUCAGCCUGAGCCAGUUUCCUCGAUCAAUAAAGAAACUAUCACUACGCGGGACUAGGUUCUUCAAUCUUUUAAUAGAUAGAUCUUUCUUGAGUAACAUCAGCGAACAUUUGCCGGUUUUGGAGUACCUAGACGUAUCCGAAUGCGAGUGGAUGGAGCCAUCAUCCCUGUUACCUCUAUCGAAGCACACGACACUAACUCACCUCAUAGUGAGGGAGUGCUACCGACUCACCGAGUUUGUCGCUUACGCGUCGCUAACCACCAGAUACGGUUUCAGGAAUCUCAAGGUGAUAGACAUGCGCGGGUCGCCGGUGGGCGACUCCGAGGUGUCCGCGCUGGGCUGGCUGCCGGCGCUGCGCGAGCUGCGCCUGGCUGCCGCGCGCCGCCCGCGCACCGAGCGCCACGCGCACUACGCGGACGACGAGUGCGUGCAGCACGCGCCACUGGACGGGUGGGAGGCGAGGGAGCCAGACUACUUCCAAGUGAAAACGAACCCGGAGUCAGAGGAAAUGGACGAGGCGGUGCCAAGCACGUCCACUGCGCAGACAUCCACUGAGCCUACGGAACCGUCCACGUCACAGGACGAUGAAGAGGCGAGCCGCUUAGCGCGUCGAAACUCGUUCAUAAACAUGGCACGACGUAGACUGAGCGCCAUGCGUUCAGAUGAAACUAGCGAAGACACAGACGAAUCCGCUCCACCCAAAAAACGAAAAUGUAACAACGAUACACAAGGAAUGGACGUUGAUGAAAACAAAGAAGCGGAAAAUAAUAUGAAUGAAAAUAUUUCUGGGCAUUUACAGAUACCGAGUAACGUGAUUGUCGUAUCGGGUAUAAGAAACCCAAGUGGAUGCAGGCUUCGUCAAGAACCUAUAUAUUGUAUAUGUCCAGAACAUAAGGAUGUGGAAAAAACGGAUAAAUCUACGGAAACGGAUAAUAUGGAUCUGUACAGACAUUGUACGUGUGUUCAUGGCGCGAAAGCUGGUGAAAGUUCGAAAGCGAAAGAAGAUUCAGGAGCAAAUAAAGAUAGUGCAGAAGAAAAUAGUGAUAAAACAGAAGAUAGUGAUAAAAAUGGUGUUAAAAAUGAUGAAAAUGAAGCUAAAAAAGAUGAUAAAGACAACAAUACACAAGGUGGAGAGAAAUACGUGCAGUUUCGUAGAAAUCAAGCGCCCGUUUUCAUAAAUUGUCCGCCGGGAGCAAGAGCUGAAGGCAUUGCCAACUUACCUGGACCUUCCCAUUCCGAUAGACCGGAUAACUCAAGGAAUACGGAUGAUAAAGGGACUUACAAAGAGUUUAUUAACGCUCUUACAGAUUAUUGGAAAGUCAGAGUCACACCGAACGUACUUAGCACGGAAAAUUCUAAUAAUGAAAGUACUGAAAAUAAUAAUGAACCAAAAAAUGACAGCGAAAAGAAUGAUUCAGCUAGUACGUCUAAGACAGUUGAAAAAGACAAUUCCAAAGAAGAUCCACAACCGUCUACAAGCAAAGAAGUAAAAGAAGAAAAAACAACAGAUCCUACUGUUAAAACUGAGGAAAAAACAGCGGAAAAUAAUCAAAAUGUACCUGAAAAUCAAAAUGACACUAAUAAUGGUCAAGACGCAAACGCUCAAGGCCAGCCGAAUAGGCGAAGAGAUGUACAAUACAUAGUGGAACCUAGACACCACGUGUUAUACGUUAGCGUUGGUUCCCAACUUAAUACCUAUAGAUUUCCAAGAGAUACCUUCGAAAAUAGAAAUUAUUUCGAAUCUCAUGUCGAUCCGAGCGCUCUAGUAACAGAUUUUGCCAUUCGAAGAUUCGGCAGAGCAGAUGGUGAAGACGUGAACUACGUGGUCAAUUUUGGGCCAAACGGGCCGGUUAUGAUGGGCAAUAUGGCCAACUCGAGGCCAGAUCGGUCCAAUUUACAAGUGCUUUCUGUUACUGGGUAUAGGAAUAUCACAGAUAGGUCACUAAUGCAUUUAAUUAGUGCGGCGCCUAAUUUGAGAUACAUAAAUUUCACUGAUACGAACGUCACUGAGCAGGGCGUUGAAAGGUUCAAAGCUACGAGGCCGGAGUGUGAAGUCGUUUUUAGUAAGUUCGUUGAGAAGAAGAACGGUUGAAGUUUUGUGUUGGGGGGUUGUAAAGUGGUUGAAGUUUUGUGUUGGGAUGGUCAAAAGUGGUUAAAGUUUUGUGUUGGGGUGGUCAAAAGUGGUUUGAUUGAUCUUUAGAUCUUAAAGUUUUAUAAGACCUUCCUCUUUAGACCAUCUUAGAUUAGGUUUACCUUAUCAUUAAAUUGUUGUAAGGAUAUCUAAAACUACCCACUUUUGGAAGGAUUAAGAAAUUAAAAACAUUUUUUUGGAAGUUUAAUUUAAAGAAUAUGUUAGGUGUGGUGUCUGCUCAUAUAAAUGUUUUAAAUAGUGAUAAUUAGUCAGUCAUUAAAAAUAAAACGUGUUUUAUUUCAUUGCGCAGAAUUUAUUUUUGAGUUAAAAAAAUCGUAAGACAGAGAUAGCACUAUGAGCAUGUCCUGUCUCUGUCUUAUAAUAAAAUAAAUAGUCACAUUUAGAAGUAAAUAUUUUUAAGGAAGAAUGAAAGGCGUAGAUAAAUGAACACCCUGUGUUGUGAUAUGGUAUGUAUGGAACACCCUGUAGUUGUUAUGUAGGGGUGUGAGUAAGAAAAAUAAUAAAUUAUAGAUUUUU